AUGUGGUCAAUUACUCGGUUUACUGUUGUUGCGUCCUUCCUCUUGUCUGCGGUCGUUGCAGACUCUGCGGCAGUUGAAGACCCUCCUCUUCUCCCCUCGCAGGAUCCCUGGUAUGACCAGCCAGAGAAUAUCGCCAGCUUCUCUCCUGGGCAAUUGAUCCGGACUCGUCAGGUCUCCUCGAAGCUGCAGCCUUUCUUCUCCUCCCUCCCCGCCGAUAUCUCGGUCGAGUCGGUGCACCAGUACCUCUUUCGGACUACAGACAGCAUCGGCGACCCUGUUGCUUCCGUGGUCACAUUGAUUGAGCCUAGCAACGCGGAUCCGAACAAGCUGCUUGCCUACCAGGCCCCUUACGACAGUGCUUCUCCGGACUGCAGCCCCUCUUACACCAUUCAAGACCGCAACACACUUGGGUUUGAAGGGUUUAAGCUUCCCGGCACCAACAUCUCGACUGAUAUCCCCUUUGUCGCUGCUGCCUUGAAUAAAAGAUGGUGGGUCCUCACGACGGACUAUGAAGGUCUCGACGCGCAGUUCACCGCUGGCCUACAAUCAGGCCAUGCGACCCUCGACUCCAUCCGCGUGGUGUUGAAAGAAGGACCCAAAGUCGGGCUCGGGGUCAACCCAAAUUACGCGCUCUGGGGCUACUCGGGGGGAGCACUGGCCUCGGGCUGGGCAGUCGAGCUGCAGCCAACCUACGCCCCCGAGCUGACAUUCGCCGGGGCCGCCCUCGGCGGACUCACCCCCAACAUCAGCUCCGUGCUAGAGACCAUCAACAACAGCUCUUUCACGGGGCUGGCGUUCUCCGGCAUGUACGGACAGGCAAAAGCGUACUCCAACUUCAGCAACUGGCUCGAAACGAACCUGAUGCCGGAGAAGGCAAACAAGUUCUGGGACGCCGCCAACAGCUGUCUGGCCGGGGCACGCGACAAGGGAGGCGGCGAGGACAUGUACAAAUAUAUCCGCAACGGCAAGGCAUCGUUCCUCGAGCCCGUGCCGCAGUCCAUCUUCAAGUAUUCCGGGCAGAUGGGCAUCCGCGGCACGCCUACGGUGCCCUUGUUCGUGUACAAGGCCGUGGGCGACGAAGUGAGUCCGAUCGAAGACACGGAUGCCCUGGUGGAGCAGUACUGCGCUAAGGGGGCCCGCGUCGAAUAUCACCGCGACUGGGUCGGCAAGCACAUGUCGGAGGCGAUUGCGGGGUCCGCCAGCGCUCUGAACUGGCUGAGUGAGCGAAUGAAUGGCGAGGAGGUGGAUGAUAAAUGCAGCACGAAGCAGGUCGUGCUUAGCGAGUUGGACCCAGCAACGCUCGUGACGCUAGGCGAGGAGCUUUUCGCGUUCCUUCAGAGCAUUCUCGGUGCGAUUCUAUAG